AUUACUUUGCAUUAUUUUAAAAUUUGCUAGAAGUUAUCCUUAAGAAUUUAAUUUCCAUUUUUGCAUCUGAUGAAUUCGAAAAAUUGGGCUGAGCAACAAGAAGCAGAAGAUAAUCUUAAAGAUAGAAACAUAUCAAUCGAACAAAAAGAUGAUAUUAAAACAGUAACUGAGAUUGUCACUAAUCCAGAUGGGCAAAAAAUUAAAGUAGUAAAAAGGUAUAAAAUUGAAGUGAGGAAAGUUCCAAAAUCUGUCAUCAAAAGAAAAGCUUGGAAAAAAUUUGGCAAUGUUGCUGAUAAAAAUACCCAAGCACUCCAUGAUCACCAAAAAUUGUGUGAAGAGACGAAAUUGGAAUUAAUUAAUUCAAAUAAGACUGAAAAAAGCAUACAAGAAGAACCAGUUUUUAAAUCAUAUGGUGUGAAGUGUAGGGUGUGCCAAGGGGAUCAUUUUACCCAUAGUUGUGAUAAAGCUCUAAUAGAUUCCACUGGUCUUGAGAAGCGCAUCAUAUUGCCUGUGGAUGAACGAGGUAACUUUGGUCUUAACACCUUCUCACAGGAUAGACCAGAUGGCCAAGAAAACGAAAAUAAUAGUCAAUCAGGGGGUAAGUAUAUACCCCCCAAUCUUAGGAAAAAUGCAGCUGGUCAGCCAAUGGCAAUGUUAAAUGGUGGUGGUUCACUAGAUUACAACCAGCAAAGACUUCGAGAUGAAUGCACUAUCAAAGUGACGAAUCUACCCAUUUUAUGCGAUGAAAAGGAUUUGGGCGAUCUAUUCACCCCUCUGGGUCCAAUUGCGAAAACUGCUUUAAUAAAGGAUAGGAUAAACAAAAUAUCCAAAGGAAUAGCCUACAUAACCUACAAAAACAAGGAGUCUGCCAGGAAAGCCAUCAGCAUGCUAAAUUCUCACAGAUAUUAUAAUAUGAUUCUUAACGUGGAAUGGGCAAAGAAAAUUACUUGAAGAACCAUAGCUGAAUAACCAACUUGUCGCGCCGAAUGCAUAAUGAUUUUAUAAAUAGUAUUUUUUUCAAAAUGUCUAAUUUACGGAUACUUACUACCUACUUUUAAUCUUGUUUAAUUAUAUAACGUUACGAGAUCUUUUUUUUAAAAUAAAUUAUAAAGCUUAAAAAUUUAUAUUGAUAAAAUGAAACAUUUCUAUUUAUAAAAAUAUUGAAAUACUAUGGUUUCUUUUCGUUAUAAUUUAUUCUUAAAAAAUGUUUAAUCCUUUUUGUGUAAGUAUUUUCUUUUUUCAUAUGUAUAAUAAGCAAAAUUUGGAAGUUGAAAUUAAAAAAAACGCUUCCUGUUUUAAAUAUUUCUAAAAAGGUUUUUUUCCUGUUUCCUUAUUUGACACUUUUUUGAGGAUUUCAGGCAGGAGCCCACUCUACCCAUUGUCUAUAAGACUUCGGUUUGGUUACGGUUUUAGAAAAAUUAUAAAGCAUAUUUUAUUUUAUAAUAUUUU